ACUCCCCUAGUCACCGUUCAAUUCCUCCUCCUCCUCAAUCGCUAUUCUACUAUCUUCGGCGUGAUUUUGUAUCAGUUUUGCAGAGCCAUUUUGCAGAGUCACGAGCUGAAGCAGCAGCAGCAGAAGUAUUCUCUCGAAGGAGAAGGUUAUCAGGUUCCACAUUAUCUCGAAGUUUAGUUUUUUCUUCUUAGCUUCGCAAUGGCGUCGUCCACCGCAAUGGUUUCCAGCUGCAAUGCUGCUGCUGCUGCUGCUGCUGCUUUGGUGACAUCAACGCCAGCGAUGGAAUGCCGGUCUGCUAGCAGUGCUGCAUUCGGGAGCGUGCGAUUCGCACCCAUGGUGUCCAGGUCCGCAGCUGUUAAGGUUAAUGCUGUUGUGCGUGCCAGUGCUUCUGAGGAGCCGAAGGCAGUGAGGCAAGCCAUGAUUGGCCUUCUGGCCGCAGGAGCGGUACUUGUAUCCGGAGUGCCUGCGUUCGCUUUGACCGGUCCGGGUGGUGAUGGUGCCUCCACCACCGCCAAGGAGGCCGAUGUCCUGCUCAACAAGGCUGACAAGCUCACCAAGAAUGAUUCCCCCAAGAGGUUCGGAGAUGGAUUGCAGAACGCCGGGUCGACUGCCAAGCAAGCCGGUUCCGCUGCCGCAUCGAACGUAGAGGAUGUUGCCGAUGCAGCGGUGAAGAAUGCCAGGGACAACUUGAACAAGGCCAAGGCCAACUUUGGCGACCUGAUGGGAAAGGGUAACAGCAAAGUGAAGGGUAAGAUCAGCGACGCUUCCAGCACUGCUAACCAGGCCUUCCAGUUGGGUGAUGCCUCUGAUGUGAUCAAUGAAGCCAAGAGCAAUACGACCAAUGUUGUGGACGAUGCCAAGAGUGCUCUGAGCGGAUUGGGAGACAAGCUCACCGGAAGCAACAACCCCGGCAAUGUCGCCGCGAAUGUGAAGAGCAAGGCCGACGAUGCCGUCAGCGAUGCCAAUACCAACCUCCCCAAUGGCUCUCUUCCCGAUGUCUCCCUUCCCGAGAAGAAGGCAGGCCAGAAAUUCUAGACUUGUGCAUAAUUCUUUGAAUGUAACAGUGUAAUUAUAUUGUCUUAGCGUACUCGAGAGUGGUUGUUUUUGCGGGGUCUUCAUACCGCGCUGGAAGGAAACAGUAACUGCUGCUACUCAUAAUCCUUCAUUUGUAAAGCAAGCCUAACUGCAAAUUCGGAUUUGAGUUAUCCAUUCGUCGACGCCUCUUUUUCGUGGAUAUAUAUGGUUUUGUGGAGUCUGCAUGGAAGUGUUGCAGAAGCUGCUCUUAUCACUCACUGACAGUGAUUUUCACAAGGAACAGUGAAACAUCAAAAAACUGCGGCUAGAAUGUUGCUUUGUGAAAGAUGGCUGCUCGUGCUACAGAAUUGAUCAGUUUAUUACCAACCUGUAUGUGUGUUUUUGGAUAUUAUCUUCAUUCUUAUGAAGUGAUUUUCACCAUCAAAGCUUGUAAAAUGCGUAUUACAAUAUACGUAGAAAUAAAAUUUUAAACUUUUGAGCGA